AUGGCUCCCUACCCUAAUCAUUCUAUCACAAAACCAGAAAUUAAAAUAGGUUUAAGACUUGAUGAUAAUUAUGCUGACACCUUAUUAACAAGAAUCAAAAGUUUAUUACGUACAACUUCAUGUUUUCCAGGAACUCAACCAAUAGAUUUUAAAAAAUGUCAUUUUGAUCUAUUAGAAUCAGAAGAAUAUUAUGUUAGAGAUAAAACUGAUGGAAAACGAUAUAUUAUGUUUUUUACAGCUGUGGACGGUGGUACAGCAUUUAUGAUGGACGAAUUAAAUAAAUUUCGAACAUUGACUGGGUUCAAGCUACCAUUACGUAAUAACCUUAAUCAGUUUCAUAAUGAAACCAUGAUGGACGGAGAGAAAUGUCUAAGGUAUUUGAUAUUUGAUCUAAUGGUGUUGAAUGGGAAUGUCUUAAUCGAUAAACCUUAUAAUAAGCGAAUGGGCAUGCUCAGACAAGAUGUAAUAGACCCAUUGAAUACCUUACUACAGAAAAAUUUAGAUAUUAAGAGCAAAAUGCCCUUCACCAUAGAAAUAAAAACCAUGGAUUUAUCCUACGGGCUUAGUAAUACUUUACAAAAAAUCUCAACUUUAAAAUACGGUAAUGAAGGUCUAAUAUUUGUCCCUGUAAAUCAUCCUUACGUACCUGGAAGAAGCGAGAAAUUGUUAUUAUGGAGGCCAGUAAAACAGAUAAAUGUAGAUUUUAAAAUAAAAACAAUUAUUCAGAAUCAAAGAGAUAAAAAACCAGUAUUUCAUAUAAUGAUUGCGGAUAAAAAUCAAUAUAAAAAAAUUGACCAAUUAACGUUAGAACCUUCUAUUGAAAAAGAGUAUGACAAGAAUUGGGAAACUAGAAUUCAAGAACAAGGCUACGCACCACAAAAACGUAUUGGUGGAUGGAGGUUUAUAAAAUUUUGUCCUGAUAAGCAGACAGCCGAUACCGAGCAAAGUCUGCAGGAAACAUUACAAGCUAUAGAGAAUGCUGUGUCAAGAGAAAUGUUAGAAGAGCGAUCAUCUGUCAUAAGGAAUAAUUGGAAGGUUAGACAACCUUCAAAAACAAUAAACUAUUCUUGCCCGCCUGUGAUAUCACUCGAGUCUAGAAAUUCUAGUUCUAAUUCUGAGUCAAGUUCGUCCGCUUUCCCUUCAACUACCAUCCCACAAAGCAUCCCAACACCAAUGAAGCCAAUAGAAUUGGUUCAACAAGCACAAGAUUCUAAAUCACGUGAAUCAAAAUUUCCUACUGAUCAGCAGCAUAAUUAUUUAGAAAGAUGCGUAAUAAAGCUUGAUCAAAAAAAUCAUGAAAGUUUUAAUUCAUCAGAAAAAUCAACUACUUUGGAUGAAAAUUCGCAAAAUUUUAUUGUUAGCUUAACAUCUAAAGAAAAUUCAUCCAAAGAUAAUUCAAAUUUUCCAGAAAUGCCUACAAAAGAUAUGAAAAUCGAGCUUAAAAAUAAAAUAAUAGCAAAACAAGGCUCCUCGUUUGUUAAUAACAAUAUUAGCAAAAUAUCAUUUGAUAAUGAGUCAAUAGCAAAUGUGACUGAAAAGGUAAAAAAAGAUGGUACUGAAGAUAAGGAAGGAAAUAUAAGGAAUAAGAAUAAUGUUGAAUUAGAGGAAAAGAUAGGUGAUUUUGUAAAAGAUGACGGGAAAACACACACUAACAUGAACAAUACCAAAUCAAUUGAAAAAAAAAUGACUAAUAACGAUAUUCAUGACGCCGAAGAAAUCGAAAAUUCGGAACCAAAAAAUUCUUUUAAGAAUUUAGAAGAACCUUUUGAUUUCCCAAAAGGAUUUGAUGGAAAAGCAGUUCAAAGUUCGAGCAAUGAAGAUUAUGACUCAAUAGAUGAAUUAAUCAAAGAGAAGAAAAGAAGAUCAAGAAGACCAAAAGAAAAUAAUGAGACAAACUCAAAUUCUGAAAUAAGUGACGAAAGUAGCCAAGAAAAAUUAUCGGAAAAGGAGGAAUUCUAUGAUGAAAGUUGGGAAGAAUUUAACGAAAGCAAUACUAACGUCGAUAAUAAAAAUACCAAAUCAACAACAAAUCAACAAAAGCAACCAUCUCAACAAGAAAAUUUAAAAUUAAUUUCAAAUUCCCCCGUCACAUCGAGUAAUCCCACCUUUAAUACCCCUUUAAAACCACACAAUUUAAACAUUCAACAACAAAAAAUAUUAGGUUCAGAUAGUAAUUUUUCACAAGAAUCUAAUUAUAAUUUAUCACCUAAAUUACAAAAUUUAAAUAUCACACAAUCAAUUGCCAACAAAGAGAGUAAUGAUUCACAAUCUCUUCCGCAAAGCACUCAUGGUACAAAACUAUCAAGACCUGAAAUUUCAACGAUGACAAUAACAACCAAAGGUAAUGGUUUUGAAGAAUUAUUUCCUUUGUCAGAAAAGGACAUAUUAGGUCAUGAACAUAAUAGCGACCUUUCAGAAUUUCAAGGAACACAAUCAACAACACCACAAACAAAUUCGAAAUUUCAAAAAAAUAUACAAGAUAAUAAUUUGACCCCCAAACCUAGUAUUGAAACGUCAAAUCAAACAUUUGGUAGGAAGAGAUCUUUAAACAUCGACGCGAUUUCAAAAUCGUCGUAUCAAGAAGGAAAUUUUUCGCCACAAUCAACACUUUACGAUUUACAUCAUCAUUCUCAACAUAAAGUUUCGACUACUUAUGGGCACGAGUCAAUACGAAAAAUUUCACAAAGCGAAGAAGGGUCACAGUCUGCCACCCAAAAGCAAUUUCGAGACAAAGUGCAAUCAUCUUUACAACAAAACAUCACACUAGCACCCGAGUUAAAUAUUUUAAGUUAUAACACUCAAAUACAUCAAAAUUCACCGCAAGCGCGUCAUAAAGAUAAAUCGUUUUCAGAAAAUAAACAAUGGGAAUCAGAUUUAAGACAAGAUUUCAGUCCAACAGAUAUACAACAAACACAAUUGCCGACAUUUUCUAACUCCAGAACAUUGCGUCGGCAUACUUUAUCCUCUGGUAUAAAUACUCAUCGAAUCCUUUCAAGUGCUCUGGAUAACAACCAUCAAAAUCAUGCAAAUCCUUCUAUGUCACAACGGCCAGAAUUUUUACCAUCUACACAACCAAUAAACAUUAGGCAAGAAAUUAUGUCACCAAAACAAUCAGAAAACCAGAGACAAAUAAAUCUAUCAUCACCUCAACCAAUACAAACAAAUCAAAGACAAAAAUCCUAUCCGCAAACAGAUUCAUCAAAACUUGUUUACAGUUUAUCAUCGCAAUCUUCAACACCCGUGCAAAGGUUUUUAUUGCCAGAUACAUUCAAAGAGUCCUCUUUUCCUGUUCAAAUUCAUCAAAGUUCAUCAACGAUUCAUCAUUCUAACAAUUUAAGUUCACCACCACAACAAGAAAUCUCGCAAACUGUCAAAGCUUCAUUACCACAAAUAACGUCAAGUCAACGACCUUUACCACAAAAACGUAAAUCAAAGGGCGCACUUGAUUUUAUAUUAAAUGAAGGAUCUGGAUCGACUAAUGACGAUAAUGGAUCAACUAACAAAAAGUCAUUGUUGGUUGGAAUUUUUCCUUUUAAUAAUUUUAUCGAAUCUUCUUCUUCAAGCUUCUUACACUAUUGGUUAGGUUUUGAGCUUUUGUUUUAUUUUUAUUUUUUACUAACAAAAAGUCGUUUACAAAAACUAUUGGAACCUGUAACUUUGAGAAAAGAUCAACGCACCAAAAUUUUACACGAUUGUUUACAAGAAAUUGAAGACUUCAAAACUUGGAUUGAAGGUUGGUUUAAAGUUGGUGAUAGAAAAACCACCUUUGAUCAAAUUCACAGGUUAAACUUUGCAGAAUGUUUUUUUGGAUGUGGCUUUGAUCAGAUACAAAAUAAAGAACAUGAAAAUGAAAUCAUAGAAAUUAUCAGUUUAAUUGAGAUCAGUAAUAAUAUCAAAUUCCCUGAAGGUUAUAAUCCAAAUUGUAAAUGCAUCAAAUUAACUCUCGAUCCUGUUAAAGCAAUUCCUAGACCUUUUAUUUACUAUAUGGUAUGUGUUGAAACUCGAUUGUGCGGAUUUGAACAUAAAAGUUGUAAAGAAAGUAUCUUGAAUGGUUAUUGGUCAAGCACACUAGAAUUUGACAUUCAAGAAGAAAACUCUCUUUCAUCACUGUCUAAAAUUAGUUAUUGGUAUUUCAAUCCAAGUAACAAAAAAAGAAAAAAGAAAGCUCCAAUUGUUUUCAUACAUGGCGUUGGAGGAUUGUUCUGUUAUUUCACAUUUAUCAAAAAGUUACGGAAAUUAAAUAGACCUUUAUUUCUAGUUGAAUUGCCUUAUGUGUCAUUCCAAAUGGUCGAAGAUGUUCCAAAAAUGCAUGAAACUGUAGAAGAGAUUGAAAGAAUGAUAAUUUCUAAAGGUUAUUCUUCUGCAAUAUUUGUGGGUCAUUCUUUGGGCACAAGUGUUUGUUCUUGGAUGAUUAAGGAAGCACCAAAAAGAGUUAAAGGUUUAGUAUUGGUUGAUCCAAUUUGCUUCCUAUUGCAUCAUUCUGAUAUUGCAUUCAAUUUUGUAUAUCGAAAACCUGUUUCUGCAAGUGAGUAUCUAACUGCACUUUUUGCAUCAAGAGAAUUGUACAUAUCACAUUAUUUCUCGAGACAUUUUCAUUGGCACGAAACUGCAUUAUUCAUCUCAAAGCAAAAAAUCUUUCGCAAAAAUGCAUUCAUUUAUUUAUCUGAACUAGACAAUAUUAUUCCUUCCGAUAAAGUUUACAAAUAUUUAAGUGAUAAAAAAGUAUCUGUAAAUAUGAUGUCAGGAUUAGAUCAUGCAAAUUUCUUGUUUAACACAUAUUGGGUUGAUAAGAUUAUUAAUGAUAUUUUAUAUUGCUGCGAUAAUUGUGAUUCGGCAAGAAGAAGUUUUUAA